GUCCCCAGCUGACUAGACCACCCUUUUCUGUAACUUCUACUGGCUUCAGGCUGCAUUUGAAGGAUCCUGGGAGACCCUCGAGCCACGCAAUGGUGACGUUGUGGGACGGGAGCUGGGAAGGGGAUGGAAUCGGGAAACACUGACCUUUGAGGAUGUGGCUGUGAACUUCAGCGUGGAGGAGUGGGCUUUGCUUAAUUCAUCCCAAAAGAAGCUCUACAGUGAUGUGAUGUGGGAAACACUUAUAAAUGUGACUGCUAUAGGAAGAACUUGGGACAGCUGGCAAAUUGAAGAAAAGUAUAAAAACUUCUCAAGAAAUCUAAGAAGUGAAGAGGUAAAGCAAUGCUAUCAAUAUAAAACUUGGACUCAGCAAGAAGAAAUAUUCCUUUGGACUCCAGAUGCCAAUGUGGAUAUGCAACAAGCUGCUUUAAAAACAGGUGAAAGCCUUGCUUAUAGAAAGCCUUUGAUUGAGCGUUUAUCACUAACUGUGCCCAUCAUAGCUCACGUUGGACUGAAACCAUAUGAGUAUUUGGGAUUUGGAGAGAAGCUAUACCAGUGUGAUGAAGAUGGAAAAAGCAGUGAUUUCCAGUCCUUUCAGAAGCAUACAAGAGGAAAGACUGGAGAGAAACUCUAUGAAUAUGAACAACAUGGGAAAGCUUACACUGAUCUUCGUGGAAGAACUCACUCUGAAGAGAAGACCUUUGUACGUAAAAAAAGUCUGAAAGUUUCCAACACACCCAAUGGUGUACAAAUCCAUGAAAGAAAUCCCAGUGAGAAUGAUCUACAUAUCAACAAACAAUGUGGGAAAACUUUUAUUUCUUCAUACUAUAUUCAAGUACAUGGAAGAAGACAUGAUAGAUGGAAGUCUUACAUAUCUAAGGAACAUGUGAAAGCAUUAGCUAAUCAUUUUUCCUUUGAUAGUCAUAAAAGAAUUCACACUGUGGAGAAACCCUAUGUAUGUAAGCAAUGUGGAAAAGCAUUCACUACACAGAGUUAUUGUAAAAUACAUGAAAAAAGUCACAUGAGGGAGAAACCUUACAUAUGUCAGCAAUGUGGGAAAGCAUUCACUACGCAAAGUUAUUGUAAAAUACAUGAAAGAAAUCACACUGUGGAGAAACCCUAUGUGUGUAAGCAAUGUGGGAAAGCAUUCACCACACAGAGUUACUGUAAAAUACAUGAAAGAAAUCACACUGUGGAGAAAUCCUAUUUAUGUAAGCAAUGUGGGAAAGCAUUCACUAUACUCAGUUAUUGUAAAAUACAUGAAAGAAGUCAUACUGGGGAGAAACCCUAUGUGUGUAAGCAGUGUGGGAAAGCAUUCACUACACAGAGUAAUUGUAAAAUACAUGAAAGAAAUCACACAGGUGAGAAACCCUAUGUAUGUAAGCAAUGUGGGAAGGCAUUCACUACACAAAGUUAUUGUAAAAUACAUCAAAGAAUUCACACUGGGGAGAAACCCUAUGUGUGUAAGCAAUGUGGGAAAGCAUUCACUACACAGGGUUAUUGUAAAAUACAUGAAAGAAAUCACACUGGGGAGAAACCCUAUGUAUGUAAGCAUUGUGGGAAAGCAUUCACUACACAUAGUUAUUGUAAAAUACAUGAAAGAAGUCACACUGGGGAGAAACCUUAUGUGUGUAAGCAAUGUGGGAAAGGCUUCAGUACACAUAGUUAUUGUAAAAUACAUGAAAGUACUCACACAGGUGAAAAAUCCUACAAAUGUAAGCAAUGUGAGAAAGGAUUCAGCACUAAGUUCUCAUUGUAUAGUCAUAAAAGAACUCACACUGGUGAGAAACCCUAUGUAUGUAAGCAAUGUGGAAAAGCAUUCAUGAAGCUCAGUAAUUGCCGAAGACAUGAAAGCAGUCACACUGGGGAGAAGCCCUAUGUAUGUAAGCACUGUGGGAAAGCUUUCAGAACACACAGUCACUGUCAAAUACAUGAAAGUAUUCACACUGGGGAGAAACCCUAUGCAUGUAAACAAUGUGGGAAAACAUUCAGCAGACACAGUUAUUGUAAAAUACAUGAAAGAAGUCACACUGAGGAAAAACCCUAUGUAUGUAAGCAGUGUGGAAAAGGAUUUUCUAAUCGGUCCUCAUUUUGUAGACAUAAAAUAACUCACACUGGGGAGAAGCCCUAUGUAUGUAAGGAAUGUGGGAAAGCAUUUAGCACACAUAGUUAUUAUAAAAUACAUGAAAGAAGUCACACAGGGGAGAAACCUUAUUUGUGCAAACAAUGUGGGAAAGCAUUCACUACAUACAAAUAUUGUAGAAUUCAUGAAAGAAGUCACACAGGGGAGAAACCUUAUGUGUGCAAGCAGUGUGGGAAAGCAUUCACUACACACAAGUAUUGUCAAAUACAUGAAAGAACUCACACAGGUGAGAAACCCUAUAUAUGUAAGGACUGUGGAAAAGGAUUUGCUACUAAGUCCUCAUUUCGUAGACAUACAAGAAUCCACACUGGUGAAAAACCCUAUGUAUGUAAACAGUGUGGGAAGGCAUUCACUGCACCCAGUUAUUAUAAACUACAUGAAAGAAAUCACACUGGUGAGAAACCCUAUGUAUGUAAGCAAUGUGGGAAAGCUUUCACUACACACAGUUAUUAUAAAAUACAUGAAAGAAGUCACACUGGGGAGAAACCCUAUGUAUGUAAGCAGUGUGGGAAAGCUUUUAGUACACACAGUUAUUGUAAAAUACAUGAAAGAAUUCACACUGGGGAGAAACCCUAUGUAUGUAAGCAAUGUGGAAAAGCAUUCAGUACACACAAGUAUUGUAAAAUACAUGAAAGAAGUCACACUGGGGAAAAACCCUAUGUAUGUGGGCAGUGUGGGAAAAGAUUUGCUGCAAGCUCUCCAUUUUGCAGACAUAAAAGGAGUCACACUGGGGAGUAACUGUAAGAAAUGUGGGAAAAACCUCAGCUGACACAAUAUCAAACACAUGAAGGAAAUCACAAUGGGGAGAAACCAGAACAUUUUCUAGAAAAUAUACUCCCAGACGGGAGCAUACUCAUUUUGUGUUUUUCAGUAAAUCGCUUGUAAAUAUCUGCACUAUGUAUCUGUAUUCUUUACUAUAAAAAAGUGAGUUGACCUAAUUAUAUAUUUUUGUAACUCAGUGUUUUUGAGCUUAAUACAUAGUGUCUUUUAAUUAAACAGGGUGGAUAAAAAUGCAUUUUUCAUUUUCAAAUAGGGUUAGUUUUUAUUUUGUUUUUACAAUUGGAAAGUAUAAACCACUAAAAAGUAAAUUUUGUUAAUUAUUUUUUAUUUGUUGGAAUUCUCACUAGCUUUGACUUAAAUUGUUGGUGUAUAUAUUUCAUAUUUGGUGUAACAAAAAUAUGUUUGAAAUUGAUAUAGUAAUAUAUAUUUAUAUAUUGACCCAGAGAGAGAGAGAGAAACUUGUGAACAUGUGUUUUUGACAAAGAUUAAUUGUUUUCAUACAACUUGUAAAGUAGCAAAACAUUAUUUUCAUAUCCUGGCAAGAUACCUGCAUUAUCCCAACAUAAUGGUAUAUCUAGUACAUAAUUUUGACUAUUUUGCUUUCAUGUUUGAGGCAGUAUUACCAUUUACCUAAAAUUUUAUGUUUCCUUAGCAUCAAAAUUUUACUUUUUAUGCAUAUUGUGAUGGUUUUUAAUUUUGUGGCAAUUUUUCCACUACUUGUACCAAAAAAUAAACUAUACUGCUGUGAAAUUCUGAUUACCACAGAUCACCGGGACCAUAACAUGUCUCCAAAAGGAUAUCAUGAAUUGUAGUAAUAAAUCUCUCUAAAAAGUA